GAGGAGAUCACCACCAUUUUCGUCGUUGGGUUCCCCGAUGACAUGCUGGAACGCGAGUUUCAGAACAUGUUCACAUUUUCUGCCGGCUUUGAGGCCGCUACCCUCAAGAUCCCUUCGCAGACUGACAGCGACGAUGGGACAGGGAUGCCGAAUGCCCGCAAGCAGAUUAUCGGAUUCGCCAAAUUCCGCACCCGACUAGACGCGCUCGAGGCUCGCGAUGUCCUCAGCGGGCGUAAAGUGGAUGCCGAGCGAGGCUGCGUACUGAAGGCUGAGAUGGCUAAGAAGAACCUUCACACAAAGCGCGGUUUGUCCAACGAACAUCAAGUUCUGGCCGCCGCUGGGUUUGGCAUCAACCAAUUCGGCCACCUCCAACGACGCGGGUCAAAAGACAGCGCAAGCAUGUUUACGGAUCCUUUCUUCAUGCCUGGAACGACACCCCCUGUGUCUCGUCAUUUCAACGACAUGCUCGACCUUGAUCGCUCCGCACCCGCGCCAAUGAUUCGUAGUCAGUCUUUCUCUGAACAGCGUGGAUUCAGCAGCGCUUUGUUCAGCAGCGAAAGCCUCCUCCCACGUCUCUCGCCUCCGAUGAGCUUGGGUGUAGCCACCUCGUCGGCCAACAGCCACAGCAGUGGUUCUGCACCAUCGAGCGCCUCCAACUCCGCUGGUGCUAGCCCCACCGGCUUGGCUCCAUUUGGCCCUCGUUCAAACUCAGACCACAACCCACCCUGCAACACCUUGUACGUUGGAAACCUUCCUCCUGACACAUCCGAGGACGAACUCCGCGAACUAUUCUCGAGGUGCCCAGGCUAUAAACGUCUCUGCUUCCGUGGGCGACCCAAUGGACCAAUGUGCUUUGUGGAGUUUGACGACGUUCAAUGUGCCACCCAAGCUCUCUUCCAACUGUAUGGAAACCCAUUGAGCAACUCCACAAAGGGAGGCAUUCGCUUGAGCUAUUCCAAAAAUCCUCUGGGAGUACGCGCGUCGCUCCCUGCCUCGGCCGCCUCAGUCACCCUGAUGGCCACAGCUUGCAUCCCCAUGGACAAGGAGCCGAAGCUCAUCCACGGUUGCUAA